ACAUGUCACUACCGCGUGGUUGUGACAUAAAAGAACGCAGAACAGUCUUGUGAUUACAGGAACUGGGAGCGACUGGAGUCCUAUACAGGCGUGGUAGUGAAGACUCACCUGUGCGAUGGCUUUGCGUUUUGUUCUGUCUGCCUUCUCUCUCUCACUGCUGCUGCUGCUGGGCUUCUCAAGUGCAGAGCCUGUGAAGUUUGUUGACUGUGGCUCAUCUGUUGGAAAAGUGAUUGAGGUUGAUGUUAUACCUUGCCCGUCUCAGCCAUGUCAGCUUCACAAGGGACAGUCCUAUGGUGUAAAUGUGACCUUCGCUAGCGACGUUGACAGUCAGACAAGCAAAGCUGUGGUCCAUGGCAUGAUUGCUGGUGUCCCUGUUCCCUUUCCAAUCCCUAUUGAUGAUGGUUGCAAGUCUGGAAUCCAUUGCCCUCUUCAGAAACAAAAGACUUACAGUUAUCUCACCCAGCUUCCUGUUAAAGCCGAGUACCCCUGUAUAAGACUGGUGGUGAAGUGGGAACUUAAAGACGACUCCAAUAAGGAUUUGUUCUGUAUCCUGUUUCCUGUCCAGAUUGUCAACUGAAAGUCUAUACCAACUACAGAAAAGGAAAAUAAGAGGGAUAAUGUAGGUUUUUAUGAACUUGGUUAAACAUUUUUUUUUUUUAAAGAAAUGUUUUAAAAUGUUUUUCUCCUAAUAAGUAAUGAACACUCAUUUUAACCUUGGAGGAAAUGUUGACUGAUUUAUUUGUUGUAGUGGUGGUAUGGUCUUAGUAAUUGUGUGGAUUAAUGUUUAAUGAUCAAUGUUAAUGAUCAAAAGAAUAUCUAAAUGCAAUUUCUGCUGUGUGUCUACCUGGUGAUAGAACAAAUUUCCUAAAGUAUCUAAUUUUUUUAAUAUUGAAGUUAUAAUUAUAUUUUACAUGUCUGUUUUGAAAUAAAGAACUUUUUACCUA